CAUGAUUCCGACGAUUACGACGCGUCUUCCUGCUAGCCUGCUUUGCUAGUCACAGUUUCAACAAGAUAGCAUACAAUUUGAACCAGUACACUUGUGCCGAGCUUUCCAUGAACGAGUUCCGUCAAUAUGCUCACUCGCUUCCAGGGCUAGGAGUACUGUUUUACCUGACAUAGCCCGCAACACAUAUGCUACACUAAACACGGACAUUCAACACGUAUGAAAGUGAACUCACAUCACUUCGGCAUUGUGGCUGCACGAAAGAGUAGUCUUGACGGCGGCUGCGAAGGAAGCUUGGAGGUAACGCAAGGCUGUCAAGCUACCUUCCGUUGCUUCAGUGGCUGUCGCGCGGCGCGUCCAUGCGGCUGCUCAAAGGCUGCGUUCACGCCGCGCUGCGAGGGCCCUCGCUACGAGCUCAGCAGCGCCAAGUAGCUUCUUUUGAGGCGUAAAUAGUAUGCAGAGCUUUCAGCCUGUGUAACACCACUGCUGGAUGGGCAGCAUCCGCCCAUGGCACGGCCGCUGCGCACCGCUCUUCGCGCUGCUGCUGGCUGCCAUAUCAACACCAGCAUUGAGUGAUGCAGGGCAUGAUUGGUACCAGUGCAUGGCGCACGCAGCACUUUCCAAACAGCCUGCGUGCAACGGCACGCAGCAGGGCUGGAUUGAUGCUGCCAUCGCGGUGUGGUCUUCGGACUGCAGCACGAGCGCUGCAGCGGUGAACAGCAGCGGCGGUGCAGUGCUGGGCCCUCUGGCAGCAAGGCGAGCCCUGCGUGUGCUCACCAGCUCAGGCGCGCCAGCGGAAUGGGCGCAGCGGUACUUGCUGGGGGCAGCAGUCACGGUUCCGAGCACUCUUGUGAGCGUUGGCAGUGUGAUCGAUGGCAACAGCAGCGGCGGCGGCAGCUUUGCGGCGGCAUCGGCUGGUUCGGUCGUUCAGGUCUUGCUGGCCGAUGGCAGCGCGUUUCCAUCGGUCCCCAUCUACCUGGUAUACAACACGGCUGAGGCAUACGACCCUGGGCCCGUGGUGAGCGAUGCACCGGCUGGUAGCGCCUUUGGUAGCGGCAGAUUCUCGACAGAUAACUCGACAUCAACAACUCGCCGGUUGCUUCGCCAAGCGCACGAAGCGGCUUGGACGUCAGACCAGCGAUGGCGGAGCCUGCAGCAGCAGUCGGACCUCGGCGUAUGGGCGGACGCGUGGAUUGUUUCAGGCGUGGAGGUAGGAGCGGCGAUGGCAGCGCGCCACAACUCCGGUGGGAGUCUGCCGGUGCCGCCCCUGGACCUUACGGCUCUGGUCCGCCGAGACCGCGCCGUGCAGUGGGGCGGCGGCCCCUCUGGCGGAGGGGGGCUGUUGCCCGGCUUCGAGUACAGCCUGUACCGGAUGGGCGGCUCAGCUGCGGCGCUGCCCUUGCAAGUGUCGGUGCCGCUGCUGUACUUCGACCGGCGCGUAGUGACCCAGGUGCCGGAGACGUGGGACCAGCUGCUGGCGGCAGCAGCUCGGCUUCAUGGCAAGGACCUGGCGGGCGAUGGUAAGCCCAGUUACGGGCUGUGCAUCGUGUCAUCACCACCUCCAUUCCUCUCAGCAACUACUGCGCCCGACCUACUGCCCAUCCUGAUAAGCGUGUGGGCCAGCCUCAGCCAGGCAGCAGGGCCGCGCCAGGGGUUCUGGUUCAAGCAGCAGGGGCUGGCAGACCUGCAGCAACGGAGCCUGGUAUCCGGAUUCGACUACGACCUCGGCGAUGAUGGUUCGGCGCUGCUGCAGCCCUGGAUUGAUAGCGCCGCUAUGCGGGAAGCGCUGCGCAUCACGGAGGCGCUACGGCGGUACGGCCCGCCGCCUGGCGGAAUGACCACCGGCAGCAAUCUCACGGCCGGAUCGAAUGUCUCCUCCGCCGUUGCGGCGGAGGUACUGCAGCCGCCGCCGCUGCCAUCAGCAUGGCUGGGCGGGCGGCGGCAUUCAGGGCUGCAGCCGCCCAUCGCAGCCACUGCGUCCGUGAACGGCAGCCGGGCUCCACCCGGCGGCUACACAGGCCACACGGCGCUGGCGCUGCGUGGCGCAUGUGGGUUCAUCAUUGCGCCGGGGCUGUCGCUCUUGAAGGCAGUCGCAGCCUCGGCUACUGCCGAGGCCGCCAGCUGGGGCGGCAGCGGCGCCACGUCACCCCUGUACGGGCACCUGGGCGCAGCGCCGCUCCCGGGCAGCCCGCGCGUGUGGCACGCAGGCAGCGACACGCUGGUGGCGUGCAACCGCACCAUCUGCCCCUUCGCGCAGCCGCUGACCAUGCCGGAAGGCAACAGCUCCCUCGUGAACCGGGCCCCGCUCACGUCCGUUGACGUUGCGGCUAUGAUCAGCAACACAGGCAGCCCCAGCAGCAGCCCCAGCAGCAGCCCCAGCCCCAGCCCCAGCAGCAGCCCCAGCCCCAGCCCCAGCAGCAGCCCCAGCAGCAGCCCCAGCAGCAGCGCGGGCGCGGCGGAGGGCGCGGCGGAGGACGCGGCGGAGGACGCGGCGGCGCGGCAGCUGCUGGCGUACUCGUUGUUCCGGGCGCGGCUGCGCGGCGAGGGCGCGGCCGCUGACGUUCGGGACACCCGCUCCAGCGCGAACCCCUUUCGCUACGGGCACCUAGACCCGGGCCCGUGGGCGGCUGCUGGCUACGACGCCGCGGACGCAGCCGCCGUCCUGGCGGCCUACGGCGCGUCCAUGCACAGUCCCAACCUGGCCCUGCCGCUGUCGGUGCCGGGGGCAGACAGCUACCUGCGGGAGCUACGUUUCAUGGCGGCGGGGGCUGUGCGCGCGCUCGCCGCCGCGAACAUGAGCAUCGGGGGAAGCAGUUCGACGGCAGCUGCCAUGAAUGUAUCCGCUGCUGCAAACAGGAGCGACGCCCAGGCGGCGGCUGCGGUUGCUGCGCUGCUGCGGCCGUGGCUUAAGGGUGCGCAGGCGGCGGUGGUGGAUGCGUUCGCGCCCAAUGGCGCAAGCGCUGCUGUGAACCUGGUGUUCUACGCACGCAGUCUGAGGACGUGGAGCCGCUCGAGGGAGCCUGAGCGUCUGGUGGCGCCCGGAGACCCUACAGACGGCUCGCCACCCCCGGUUGCAAGCGCCGCUCCCAGCACCGGCUCGCAGGACUGGAUCAUCAUUGUGAUUGCGAUUGGCGCCGGCACGGGCUUGCUGCUGCUGGGUGUGCUCGUGGUGGACAUCACGGGGCGGUGCAUUCGCAGCGGCUGGAGCGCGAAGCUGGUCUUCCGCGGCGCGGUGACGGCGCCACUCCCCUCACCGUCACUUACACUGCUUCUCAGCGACAUAGAGGGCUCCACGGUCUUGUGGGAGGAGCUGUCGCCCAUGGAUAUGGACGCGGCCAUGCGGCUGCACGCCAUCACCGUCAGGCACCUGCUGCUGGUGCACCAGGGUUACGAGUCGGCAACGGAAGGCGACGCGUUCAUCACGGCCUUCGCCAACCCCCUGGCCGCAUUGAACUUCUCGCUGCAGCUGCAGGCGGCGUUGCUGGAGCUGUCGUGGCCGUCGCAGCUGCUAGCGCACUGUCACGGACAAGAAGCGUGGGUGCUGCCACGAGUGCCGGCUUUGCGGCUGCCCGCAGCCUGGACCGACACGGCAGCCGCGGCGACUGCUGUCGCGCAUGCAGCCCAGCAGAACGCACAGCAGCAGGCACCUCGUGAGGGCGGGCAGCAGCAGCACUCGCCUCUGAACCCCCGGAGAGCGGUGCGGAGCAAAGCGUCGCCAUCGUUCUCGGUGUCGGGCGCCGCCGUCGCUGCGCACCGGGCUACGGGCGGCGGUCCGCUGCCGGCCAGUGCCAGCAGCGCGAGGGUUGCUCGGUGCGAUGGGGCCGCUGGCCCCGGCAGCCGCCUGGCCAGUCCACUGAAGCACGCCUACAGCAAUCCCGUGUACGGGUCGCUGGAGGCCCCGCCUUUGGCGGCAGGCAGCGGUGUCGCCAUUGACGUGCGCACACUGCACCCCCCCACGACAAGCAAGCGGCCACACUCAACAGAGGUGCCGGCCCAGUCGCAACACCCGGAGCACCCGGAGCAGCAGCAGCAUCUGAGGAUGCAGCUUGCGGAGCAGGCCCGCCUGGCGCACCGCGGAGCAGACACCCUGAACCCAUGUAUGUCGGCGCCUCUGCCCCUGCCCAUAGCACGUGGUGGGUCUGGAACCAUCACUGGCGCCGGCCUUGUACCGCAGCAGCAGCAGCAGCACGAACAGCAGGAUAAGCAGCAGCAGCAGGAACAGCAGGAUAAGCAGCAGCAAGCUGAGAGGGCGCGCGCCCAGCAGCAGCGGCCCCGCAGCCCGCUUGGGCCAGGCCUGGCGCUGCACAACAGCCGGCACAACGCCGAAGCCGCCGCCCCGCCUGCUGUGGCGACCAGCGGCCCUCACACCACGGAGGCACGGCCUCAGCAGCCGCCUCACCGGCCGCAGCCUUCGCUGUCACUCGGCUCCAUGCUGAGCGCAGCUGCGGCCAAGGCUGCCUUCAGCCGGCCCCAGUCGCCGCCGCACGCGGUCCAGGCUGCUGCCGACGGCCGGCCGGGCGUUAGAGAUCCGCGGCUCUUGGGGGCUGGUGUGGAGGCGCCGGCGUUCGCGACCAGCUCCGCACCCCUGGACGCGGCGUGCUACCCCAACAACGUGAGCGCCGCCAUGUACAACCGCAUCACGACCGGGACGUACGGGCGCACGGGCAGGAGCACAGCGCCCACGAUGGUAGGGUCCUGCGAGCCGGGAGACGGCAUGGGGCCGCCGGCGGUGUGGACCAGCCGCGUCAGCACGCGCCGGGCCAGCGCCAUGCAGCACUCGCAGUCGCAGCCAGGCAGCAGCAUGGCGGCAUCGCCGGCGCCGCCUGCGGAGGACGAUGAUGACGCCUCACUCGCAGGCGCCAGCAGCCCGGUCGGCGGCAGCAGCAGCAGCGGGUUGUAUCGCCCGCCGGCAUGGCUGUGGAGCUCCGGGCAGCGCUUGGGCCAGCCGCCCACGGCGCAGCCGCAGCUGCGAGAGAGGUCGGACUCGGGUUGGGCUGCGAUCCCGGCUGGGACGUCGCCGCCGCAGCUGGACGAUGCGGCGUUUCUGCGGAUGCUGCCGCAGCUGUCCAUCAACACCACCAACGACGACCCUCCGCAGAACCAAAUGGAUGUAUCACCUACCCGCUGCGGUCAACUGCGGUCGGAUCUCAGUCCCAAGCACGCCGCUGGUGACCACGGCCGCCGGUUUUCUGGCAGGCGCGGCAGGCGUGGGAGCAGCGGGAGCAGUAGCAGCGAAAGCAGUAGCAGCGGAAGCAGCAGUAGCAGUAGUGGGAGCAGCAACAGCGGCGGGACGAGCGCAACCAGCAGCAGGAGCGUAGGCUCAAACGAAGGAGAGCACGGGCACUCCAGGCCGCCCGCCCUCGGCCAACCCGGCCACGGCCAGGGGUCACCGCGCCGUGCUGUGCAGAUGGAUGCGGGCCUGGGGACGGUGCGGGCGCCGGCGCAGGCGACUGGGGUAGGUGCAGCGGCCGAGGGGAAGGCAAUCGGUACCGCUGCUGCUGGCAACGAUGCGCCGGUGGAUUUCCGCGGGCACGUGCGCACCCUGUACGAGCCGUGCAAGGCGGGCACGCCCGGGGCUGUGCGUGUGUACUGCGGGCUGCGCCUGCGGCUGGGGCUGCACUGCAUCGGCGCGGCUGCCUUGGGCACCGGCGGGCGGCUGCAUGGCGCCACCAUCGCGGCCUGCAUCGAGAUGCGGACCAACAAGGCGUCCAGCCGUGUCAUGUACGGAGGUCCGAUCAUGACUGUGGCUCGUGCCGUGUCCAACGCCGGCCCGGGCGGCUCCGUGGUUCUGAGCGAGCCAACCUGGCGGGCGCUGCUGGCGGGCGGACACCUGGUGGGCGGCAGCGGCGGCGGCACCGCACUGGCGGCAGCCGACGGCCUGCCGCUAGGGCUGUACCUGGGCCACUUUGGGCUGCCGCGGGAUGCCAGCUACCGGCCGCCGCCCGGCGCGCGGCCCACUGCAAGCCCAGAGGAGGAGGCCUCGGCCCCUUCCUCCGCUGUCGCGGCCUCGGACAGCCUCAGUGAGGGCCUGCGCACGGCCACGGGCGCCGUGCAGGACCAGGACCAGCAGCCCUUGAUGGCUUCUGGUGGCAUGUCGGGCUUGCUGGGCGACAGCGGCGGCGCGGCCAGAGCCCUCGGCAGCGACUGGGCGAGGCUCAACCGCGCGGCGAGUGGCACGAUGCCGGUCGGCACGCCGCGGCUACCCGGGCUGCCCACGCCGCUUGAGCAGCUGCAGCACCUCCAACAGGAUCACCGCCGUCCCCAGCACCAGCACCCGUCGCGCCACUACGACCACUCGCACCUGCCGCCGCCGCCGCCCAACCACUCGUACUACCACCGCCCUAGCUCCGGCCUCUCCGGCAGCAGGUCGGACCUCACCAGCAGGAACGCCGCGGCUUCCACGGCAGCGGGCUUCAUGCACGGCAGCCAGGCGGCUGCUGCUGCCGGCAUCAGUGCUAGGGCCGGAGCUGCCACCCACUCAGCAGGCGCCAGCCCGCUGGUGCAUGGCAACCCGAGCGACCAGCCGCCGCCGCAGGCACCACACAGCCGCAGUGCCCUGCUGGAGGCCGUGGGCUACGGCAAAGGCUCCAUCCGCAGUAUCCUGGACGUGGCCAUGGCCCGCGCCGCUCGUGCGCGGAGCGGACCUCCUGCCGUCAUCAUGCCCAACUCCACCAACAGCUACACGGCUGUGGCGCAGCUGCCAUCGCCGCUGGCCGCCGAACUGGUGCAGUCCCAACCCAGACGUGCCACCCAAGAUGAGGUUGUGGCCGGGCAUUCGGAGACCUCAAUGCCUCGCCCGUCUCCUUUUGGGCUGACACAGCAGGCGCCGGCAGUGCUUGCCGCCACUCGGUCGUGCGAGGGGGGUGACAUCACGCCCGGCGACUCCACGACGGUUGGCUUCAGCUCGCUGCUGUACACGACGGCUGCAGCCAAUAGCGGCGGCAGCGGCAGUGGCAGCGGCGGCGCGGCGCUGUCAGCGGCGGCGCUGCUGCCCGCGGAGCUCGCGCUCUACCAGGCCGUGUGCCUGGCCGGGCGCCACGCAUUCCUGGGCGCGCGCGUCGCCCUCGAGCCGCCGCACAUCAGCCGUGUGGGGCCCUGCCUGGCGCCUGGCACGCCCAACGCGCCCGUGGGCAGCAACAUGGCAAUUGCGGAGCUGCGCUGCUCGGGCGCCUCCGUCCUGGCCGCCUGGGACAUCAGCGUGUACGGCGCCUCGAUGGCGUUGGCGGCGGACAGCUGCCGCCGCGUGGCGGCGCGCGUGCGGGGCGUGACGUUGGUGCACGAGAGCUGCAUGCAGGUCGGGAGCGGCCGGGCAGGCGCAGGGCCUGGGGGCGCGGGCACGGGCACCGGCGGUGUGGGCGCUCGGAUGGCGCGUGGCGGGAGCGCCGGCGCGGUGGACCCGAGUGGCACCGCAGACAUCGUGAUCCGCGGCGGCGCCGGCGCCGCGGGGAUCUCGCAUCGCGCCGGGGGUGUGGUGGUGGUUGGUGUGGCGGCGGACGCGGCGGUGCUGAUGGCGUGGGCGCUGGAGUGCCUGGCUGCGGGGCUGCAGCUGGCGUGGCCUGAGGCCCUGCUGGAUCACGAGCUGGGAGAGGAGGUGCUGCUGGUGCCGCUGCCGCCCGCGCCAGCACACACACUGCACAAGGCGCCGUCGGUUGCGUCUCUUGCUUCGGAGCAGGAGCAGCAACAGGCGCUGCGCGAUGGCCCAGGCGGCGGUGCGGGCUCGCAGCAGCAGCUCGCUUUUGCUGGCGGAGCGGCUGGUUGCGACGCGAACGGUGUCCGGGUGCCCAGUAGCGGCAGUGCCCGUGCCAUCAGUGGCAGGCUGCUGGCGGCCGCUCGGCGGCGUCUGCGCGGCGGGGGGACCACAGGCGGCAGCGGCAGUGCCAAUGCACUGCUGCCGACAAACCUCCGUGACCUAGCCGCCGUGGCCGCGCCCACGGCGGCCGCUGGGGAUCUGUCCGACUCCGCAGCGGCUCAGGUGUUGGCUGGGUCGUCCCCCUCUGACAGCGUCACCUCGGGACUCGGCAGACGAGCCUCCCUGGUCUGGCACUUCAUCCGGGGCCUACAACCGGGCGCCCGCGGCGGCGGCACCAGCCCGGUGCACGCACGGAGCCCGUUCCGGGCCGCCGCAGCAACCGCAGCGGUUGCCGCGGGCGGCAGCACCGCCUCUGUGGCCAGCAGCAUGAGCUGGCAGAGGGUGGGGUCGCGGUCCAUAUCGCGCCGGUACCUCGCUGCAGCGCACCGCCUUGGCACGGAGGAAGUGGCCGGCGGCGCCGAGGCAGACAUGGACACGGCUGCGUCCGCGUCCGUCGCCAAAUCCACCGCUGCUGCCCUUGCGCUUGAGGGCCUGGGCUCUCUAGGCGGCAGCGCUGCUGAGUCAUCUGCAGCGACGGACGCUGCAUCCCAGUCAGCAUUGGAGAUGUCAACCGGCGCGCUGAAUGUGGUGGCAAGGGGCCGCGGCGGCAGUGCCGCCGGUGUGCAACCAUCGCAGGAGCCGGCGAACAGGUCGCCGCUCCUGCCCGGCCACCUCACAUCCCUUCCAUCGCUUCGCCGCACCACGACCCUCUCGCGUAUGGCCAAAGACCAAUGGCACAACCAGCAGCACGACUCCCAAAGGAGCCUGGACUUGCCACCCGUAGCCACCGACCUCCCAGUCGCAGACGCUGACGGUGGCGAGGUGGCGCUUAUGAGUCAGGACUCCAUCAGCCUUGCCGUGCCCGACGGUGGGCCCAACGACCGCGAGCACACGCACAGCGGAGCGCCCGCCGGUUCCCGCCGCGCCUUCGGCAGCCUCGUGCUGGGUGCGGCGGCGGCGCCCACCACGUCCAGCGUGGAGGGCGCCGCGGGGUCGCCUGCUACCGCGCUGGCGGAAGCCGCCGCGAUGAUGCAGGCCGCGCCGCUGCCCACAGGCAGCCCCGCAGCGGCUGCAGACAUGGCGCUGCAGGCUGCCGUGCACGCGACCGCAGCCGGCAGUGCGGCUGGCGGCACAGAGGGCGGCGCACCCGCAUUUGUUAACAGCGGCAACCGCCAGCGGAGGUACAGCACCCGGACGGCGCGCCGCAGCAGCGUGGUUCUCACGGCCCAGCAGCGCCUGGCGAUGGCGGACGGUCGCAUCGCAAGUUCGGCGGCAGAUGGCUCCGGCGGCGCCGCGGCCGAUGCCGAUGCCGACGGGGGGCCCAAAUCCAGUGCACCGACACACGUCCCCGGCGCGAGCGGCUCCAGCUUUACUAGUGUCGCCAGCAGCGCUGCUGCAAGCUGUGGCGGCGCCAGCAGCACCCGGCCGCUCAAGGUGGCACGCCGCCGCCGCCGCCGCAGUGUGCUGGUGAUGGCCAUUGAGGAGCGGAAGCAGCAGGCGCAGGUGCAGCUGCUGCAACAGCUGCUCCUGCAGGACGCAAACGAAGACGGCGUCGAACCCGCUGCUGCGGCUGCCGCUGUCGCGGGGAGCAGCCACAGCAGCCUGGUGGUGGCGACUGCGGCCGGCAUGGCCACCUCCUUGCCUGAUGCGGAUCCGGUGUCCGGGCUCGACAUGCAGUUCACACCGGUGAAGUCGGCGGCAGCGCUUGCCGUGGACGAUACUUCUGGCGAGGCAGCGGGCGGAGGGGCGCCACCGCCACCGGUGCGCCCGCACCCCGACGGUGCCCACACCUUUAGCCUGCUGCAUCACGGCGGCAAGUUUUCGCCGCCGCGCGUCGGCAGCGCUAGCGUCACCGCCGCAGCUUCUGUGGCCGUGCGCCCUGUGCCGGGGUGCUCCGAGGACGCCGCAGCUGCCGAGGACAUGCCGCAGGUGGAGUCCUGGGCGGCGGACACCGGGCAGCUCUACGCCCGGCAAUCAAGCAAAGCCUACCCGUACACAACGCAGCUCGCAGCCGGCGCCUCGUCCACGGCCUGCGGCAGCGGCAGCUUCUGCAGCCCGCCACACCCCGACGGCCUGAGGCCGACCAGCGCUGCGCGAUCCGGAAUGGCAUCCCACCUGAAGCUGCGGCUGCACUCCUCCGGCACCCCACCGGCCCACAUGCUCAGCCGCCCGCCCUGCAACAGCAGCGAAAUUGCGGUGCCGGCCAUCGACGCAGAGAUCAUGCCGCAGGACUUGGAUGAGCCUGUGGUGAACCUCAGGCCGCAGCAGAAGAGCCCGCCAUGGGCCGGCGACGUGGGCGCUGCGGGCGCCAAUGAGCUCUGGCACAGAGCGCCGGACGUGCAGCUCCACUCCGCUCCGAUGCCAGCGGUGGGAGGUGCGGCCUCGGCCUUGCCUGCGCAGCAGCAGCAGCAACAGCAGCUGCUGCGGCAGAGCCAGCAGGCCUACUCGCAGGCGGCGCGGACGGUGUUCCGGGGCUUGCGGCUCAAGGGCGCGAUUGACGUGGGCAGCUUGCAGGCUACGCUGCUGGGGUCCUCCGGCCGGCUGCAGUACAAGGGCUGGGCAGCGGAUCGCGCGGCGGCGCUGGCGGCGGCCGCGCUGAGUGGGCAGCUGCUGGUCACCGAGCAGGCGGUGCGCGCCGCCUGCCGCCUGCCCACCUUCGUGUCCCUGGAGGAGCUGCACCAGGCCGACGUGGGCGGCGGCAGCGCACACAGCGCGCGGACAGCAGGCGGCGGCAAAGGCGCGGCGGGCACGGCCGCCGGCGGUGCGUACGGACCCGUGGCUCAGGCGCUCGAGAGCCCGCGCAUGGCGGCCGGGCUGUACGGCAGCGGCCUUCUACAGGCAGCGGCCGCCGCCGCCGGUCGCCGUUUCGGCAGCGACGCUGGCGGAGGCGCCACGGCCGGCCUGCCUAGCCCGAGUGUCGCUGCCGCCGCGACCUAUGAUGGCUGUGGCGGUGCCGCGGGCGCGCGCGGCUUCGCGACGGCCUCCUACUCCAGCAGCUGCAGGAGCGGCAGCUACAAUGGCGGCAGCGAUGCCAACCCACGCACCACGAAGGGCGGGCCGGCGCCGCCGUCGCCCUUGCAAGGCGGGUCGCCAGUUUCUGGACGGCUGCCGCUGUUUCGGCGCACCAGCCUGCCAGGAGAUGGGGCGCCCCAGUCGGAGCAGCUUCCGCUUCGCGCCGACUCCCAGAAGCAGGUGCCGCCGCAACAGCCGUCUGUGUUGGGCCGCGUGCGCCGGCGGCUGCAGCCCCCGGUUGCGGCUGCAAUGCUCCGGGCCGAGGGCGGCGACAGCAGCGGCGCGGAGGCAGCCAGCGGCGCGACCACGGCAGUCUGGGAUACGCCCGACGUCGGCGGCGCCGUGGUGCUGGCUCAGCAGCUCUCACAGCGCUCGCUCGGCUUCUCUGCCGGCUCGCCGAGCGCGCAGCGGUGCUUCAGCGGCAAGACCGGGGCCGGCGCCGAUAGGGCCACCAGUCCGGCGGCCGCCGCCGCCGCCAUACGCAGCGGUGACGACGGUCACCACAGCAGGGACUGUCCGCUGGUGCCGUUCAUGGAGAGCAGCUUCAGCGGCGGCGGCGCCAGCCCGACGUCGCCCGCCCUGCGGCACCUGCAGACGACCAGGAAUGAGCUCGAGGCAAUUGACGUCGCCGCCACCGCAGCGGGUGGCCGGCUGGGCAGUGACGCCGUGUUCGGCACAAGCCCGGACGGGCUGGGCAUGGCGGCUGGCGGCGCCGCUGCAGGCGGCGCCGGUGGCGGUGUCGGCCGCAACGCUGCGGGCGUUGCUCGCUCUGGCGUCUCGCGCCUCUUCACCCGCGUCAGCGCGGGUGGCAGCGGCGGCGUGGGGCUGGGCGGCUGGCCGGGCUCGUCCGGCAAUGGCGUCGGCGGCAUGUCACCGACGAUGCAGAUGGCCCGGGAGCGGCGGCAGCAGCUGAUUGCGGAGCAGUGGGCGCUGGCUGGCGGCCGGCCCAGGGGCGCCUCCGUCACCAGUGUGCUGGCAUUCUCCGCGGCUGGCGACGUCAUGCGCCUGACCGACUACCUGUUCACGCAGGCGCUGGCCGCUGCGACUGCGGCGGAAGAACAGCUGCUGUCAGCGGGCCUGCAGUCACUCCACCAUCAUCAUCAUCACCACCAUCACCACCAUCACCAUAAACAUCAUCACAGCCGGCAGCACCAGCAGGCGCUGCCGCCGCCGCCGCCGCCGCCGCCGCCUGAGGUGGACCUGGACGGCGACGGCCGCCUCGUGCUGCGUGUGCACAUGCCCAGCAGUGGCGCUGCCGCUGCGCCUGCCGCCGGCACUGCCGCGCGGGCCACGUACCUUGGCGGCGGCCACCCAGCCGCCUCGUCGCCCUCCGCACGGAGCCCGGGAAGGCAGCAGCAGGCGGCGCGCGCCGCCAGCCGCCAGCUUGCAACGUCGCACCAGCAGCAGCAACACCAGCUGCCUCACGACCUCCCGCACCACGAGCAGCAGCUGCUGCGGCCGGGCGGCGUCCUGGAGGUGGUGGCGGAGGUGGUGGACAGCAGCAGCUGCAGCGGCGCAGGCGCAGGCGCAGGCGCAGGCGGUGUCGCGGGCGGACUGGCGGCGGCGAUUGCGGACGGCGCCAUUGGCCUCCCGGACGCAGCGGGUAGGGCUGCAGUGGGCACCCUCUUGGCUUCGUCGGCUGCGGGCUACACGCAGCGGCAGCAGCUGGCAGCGCCUGAGCGGGCUGCGUCACUGGCUGCCCUCACAGCGGCCGAGCCGCCGGCCGACGGCUUCAGCGCCCACGCACCAGCCGGCAGCAGCCAGCAGCAGCAGCGGCUCAACCGCCGACACAACAAGGUGCACUUUGGCAAGAGGAGCCCCGCCGAGGGCGGAGGCGCCGCCGCCGCUGGCGGCAUCAUCUCCAGGCCGUCGUGUGCGCAGUGCACGGGCGUGCUGUUCGAGGCGCUGCCGCACUGGCAGCAGCAGAUGGUGGUGUCGCGGGCUGGCAAGGGCGUGGGCGGCCUGCUGGGGGUGAGCAAGCGGCAGGUGGAGAUCCUGAUGAAGGGCGUGCUGGUGGCCCGGCGGCAGUAGCAGCACACACGAGCAGCAGCAACGGGAGGGAACAGCAGCAGCAGUGACGAGCGAGACGGAGUUGCAGAAUGUGUGCGCCGCGCAGAGCAGGGCGGCGGCAGGGGCUUUGCUUGUUAUGGUGGGACAUGGAUUGACGGGAUGCCAUGCUGCAGGCGUGGAGGUGCGCUUGCGUGCUUUGGGCGUUCAGGGCUCGGACGUCGUGUUGAGGGUAGGCCAUAGUCGGCAGAGAGUAGGCGAUGGGUGACAAGGAAAGUGGGUGAACAUUCUUGACUCGCUACCUUCAGGUGUUCCGGUUUGGGUAGGUUGAAACAACAGCGCGAUCACGGUACUUGUUCUGGGAGAAUUAUUUUUGUCAGCAGUAGCCGCUGGGAUCAUAGCGCGCUGGGAUAGGCUUUUUGAGGAGGCACCUCCAGCACCUUUCCUAAGUUGUCCUGUCUACAGACAGCGCCUCACAGAUAGGCAGGACUGGUAGUACGUCGAUGGCUUUUACAUGUGAGCAAAAUCGGGCCGGGCAAAGGAUACUGUACUAUUUUUGGCACUUCAUAGUAGGGCGCCACUCAUUGUUACUGCCAUGGCAUCGGCGUGCCACCAGUAGCAGCGCUUUGUAGUUGAGAGUAGUUUUUUCACAUGCGCAUGCUUUUCGGGGUGGCCACUUCCUUUGCUGCGGCACAAAGCUGCGUUCAUAGGUGGUCCUGCAGGUCCCUGCAUGUGCAUUGCUGCUGGCUGCACAGGUCCUCGAGGCUUGGUUUGCUGCGAGGGGUGGGGUCAUUUGUUGGCAAGUGGCGGUGGCCAGUAUUGAUUGUGUGAAUAAUGCUUCGCAAGGCUCUCGGAAGAGUGGACUCUCAUGCACAGAGUUGGUGGGGUGCGCGAACCGCGGCCCAGUGCCGGCGGGGCGCGGCGCACAGGCUCACCGUCGCACACAUGGAUUAUUUAGGGCCACGCAUGCUUUGGAUGCUUGUUGCUUCGGUGGACGCGUUUCGGUUUCUUGCGGGAAUGUGGAUACUGGUGUGGGUUGCUGAGGCGUACGGGCGCAUUCAAAAGGAGGGAGCAAGUCACAGCGACGACAGCCUAAGCCCAGGGUUAUAAGGCCAACCCCCAACGCGUGCAGCGAUGCAAACGUGGCGUAGGCCAGGCAGGUAGGGUACCUUCGCCUCCUCAUUCUGAGUUAACCGAUUGCUCAAGUAGGUUAGCGCACGCGAUCUGGAAAUGCGGAAUUUACGGGCGGUUUACGUGCGUGUAACGGGGGAAGCAUUAAUGUUGAGGGACUGCAUUGAGACGGUCUGCACAGGUCUGCGGGGGGCUUAAGGCGACGCGGGGAUUGUUUCGCGUGCCGUGGUUGUUGUGCGCAGAGAAGGGCGGGGGCCUGCACAUGCAGGGACCCCAGGAAAGCGAUGUAGGUGUUCAGAGCAAUGUUCAUGUAAUCGACAUGCUUU